AUGCUCGACUCAAACUCUACGCAGGAAUUUCCUGUGAGAGUGGCAGUUCGGGUUCGUCCAUUACUUCAGCGAGAAAAAUUACAUCAUUAUCAAAGUUGUGUUUAUGUUCAUCCACAAGUAAAUCAAAUUGUUCUUGGAAAUAGUCAUACGUUCACGUACGAUUUUGUUUUGGGUCCUAAAACACACCAAGAUGAACUCUACCAGACGUGUGUUGAACCACUCCUAUCAAAUGUUUUUGAUGGUUAUAAUGUGACUGUAUUUGCUUAUGGUCAAACAGGCUCGGGAAAAACGUACACAAUGACCGGGGGCAAUAUUGGAUCAAUACCUGAGCAAAAUUUUGGACUCGUCCCACGAGCUGUCAAAACAAUAUUUGAUACUGUAGAGCGUAGGAAUGAGUGUCGAGUCAGUAUAAGUGCAUCAUAUCUGGAAGUAUACAAAGACGAUAUUAUUGAUUUGUUAGAUGUAACCGAUAAAGUAUUGGAUGUGAGAGAUGAUGCUGCGGGAAAUACGGUUGUUAUCGGUGCUAGUGAACAUUCGUGUCAGUCAAUUGAUGAUGUUGUGAAUUUACUAAAAAAAGGUUCAAUUGUAAGACAUACCGGAGCAACUCAAAUGAAUGACGAGUCGUCGCGAUCACAUGCAAUAUUCACACUUUAUAUAGAACAAAGACGUCGUGAUGAAAAUAUGUCUGUUCAAGCUUCGUAUGACGGUUUAGUGAAACAACCGCAGUCUAAUUUUGAUGAAAAUUAUUUGUCGGCGAAAUUACAUUUUGUUGAUUUGGCUGGAUCUGAGCGCGUAGCAAGAACUCAAAACACCGGAGAAAGAUUUCAAGAAUCGAUCCGCAUCAAUUCCGGUUUAUUGGCUCUUGGAAAUGUUGUUUACGCAUUAUCCGACCCACGUCGUCGUAGCGGACAUAUACCAUAUCGUGAUGCAAAAAUUACGAGAUUAUUGAAAGAUUCACUUGGCGGCAAUGCAAAAACUUUAAUGAUUUGCUGCGUCAGUCCAUGUGCCGUCGAUCUUGAUGAAUCAUUAAAUGCACUAAGAUAUGCAGAUCGAGCACGUCAUAUUCGGAAUAAACCGAUUAAAAAUGUUGAUCCGAACGCUCAAAGGUUUAUCGAGAUGCAAAGUGAAAUUCAGUUUUUAAAACAAGAGCUAGAAAGACAACGAACAAUGAUGAUGGUUGAUAAUCAUGGUGAAGAAAAUGGUAGUAGUUCGACCGGUCGAUAUUCAAAACAAAACUUAUCUACUCCUGGACCUGAAUCUGACAAUUUACGACGUUUGAUUCAAACAGCCUAUGUUUGUUUUCAACAAUUAUAUGAAUGCAAUUAUUUGAAUGAUGACCAGAAACGUUUGAUACAAAAUUGGCUGAAUGCAUUAUCAAAUGAUAAUUCUGAUUUACAACAGGAUUUUAAUGAUGAUCCGUUGACACAUCGUAUUGGAGCGUUAGAAGAAGCACUACAAGCAGCACAAGAUGAAUUACGUUCCGAAUCACAAGUGCGUGUAAAACGUGAAGGAAUAUUAAAUAGAUUACAAGAACAAUUGAAAUUGAGAGAAGAUGAACUUAACCGUAUGAGAAGUGCACUCGACGAAUCUAAUCAUCAUCGAAAACAACAGCAAGAAAUUGUAUCACAAUUAGAAGUAAAAUUAACAAACGGAUCAAAAGACCAACAAACUCGACGAACAACUGAUGUAUUAAAUAUUGAUGGUAGUAAUGCUACAUUCUUUGAUCGAACAAAAUCAGCGCCACACUUUGGUGGUGCCUAUAAAAAAGACACAUCGAUUCAGCCACGAACAAUUCAUUCGAGUCCAGCUACAUUUGAUAUGGAAUAUGUUGUAGAAAGAUUUCAUGGACGCUCGAUUGCCCUGGCACAUUCACAGGAAGAAGUGGAAGAAUUAGAUUUGAGAGAUGAUAAACAACAAAAGGAUGGAAAAUUUAUACGACGUGGCACCUAUCGUGUAAGAAAAAGUCGUAAUACACCAUCAAUUCUCGAUCACGCUUUUCAAGAUGAUCCUCUACAAUCGCUUACACAAGCAUCAAUAACCAAACAAAAGCUAAUCGAAGAAUCGAACAGAAAAGUAAAAGAAGCUGAAAGUAAAAUUCAAGAUUUAAGUAUUAACAUUCAAUUGAAAGAACAAUUAAUCAAAAGUGUAUUCGCCUCCAAUAAAGAUGUCAAAGAUACAAAUGAACAGUAUGAACAACAUAUCAAAUUGUUAGAAAAAGAAGUUGAACGAGCCAAACAAGAAUAUAACGAUUUACAAAAAACCGUACAACAAAUAGCCGCAAAAGGCACAACAGAAAAAUCAAAAUUAGAAAAUGAAUAUCGGAAAAAAUGUGAUAUGGCUAAAGCUCGUUUAGAAUCAUUACAACAGAAAGAAAAACAAUAUCGAGAAUUAAUGUCAAAAUUGAAUGGAAAUAGUGAAAAGCGAAUUGCUGAUUUACAAGCUGCUCUAUUUCGCAUGAAACAACAACAUGAAACGGCACAAAAACGUGUCAAAGAAGAAACUGAUUUGAAAAACAAAAUUGAACAAGAACUUAUACGUGAACAACAACGUAUACAAGAGCUAACCAUACAAAAUGAACAACAACAAAAAAUUUUAAAAUUAAAAACUGAAGGUUUAGUAGCGGCACAACGAAAAUUGAGAACUGCACAAGGCACUGGAAUUGGCAUUGGUGAUCAACAACAAACGACAACAUCAAAUUUUGACCAUGAAAUGGAAAAACUUGUCUAUGAAAGAAAAGAAUUAAAUACGUUAAAAGAGGAAUUAGAAAAACGUGAAGAUUUAAUUAGAAAAAAAGAAACAUUAUUAAGUGAACGAACAGAAUUAGAAACAAAAAAAGUUCGAACUAGUCAAGUACUUAAUAAGAGUUUGAAAUCUGUGAAUGAAAAAUUAGAAAAUGUUGAUAAACAAAUUCGUCAAUCAGCAAAUUUACGAGAUAAAGAAAAACAAUCAAAUCAUUUAUUAAUGAAAGAACAAUUAUUAAAACAAAAACGUUUAUUUAAUGAACGAUUAGAACAAAAUAAUGUAUUGACACCAAGUGAAGAACGACGAUUAAUUGAAAUUAAUGAAGCAAUUGAAGCUGUUGAUUUAGCAGUCGAUUAUCAAAAUAAUAUUAUUAAUCGAAAGGAAAAAGAAGUUCAACAGUCAAUGAGAGCAAGUCAGGGUCCAGAAUCUCCAUUAUUCAAAAUAAGUCAACUAAGUGAAAGCGAAUCUAAAGAAUUAUGUCGAAAAUUACUUGAAAAAGUUAUCGAUUUAAAAGACAACGAUCAGAAGAAUCAACGAGAAUUUGUUGAUGUGAAAUCACAAUUAGACGAACAAAAUCAAGUUAUUUUUGAAUUAAAAUCUCGUAUAAAUCAAGAAACAAUUGAAUAUGAUCGAAAAUUAACAUGUAUUCAACAAACAAAUGAAGAAGAAAAACAUUUAUUGUUGAAACAAUUAACUGACACGACAGCACAAAUUAAAGACUUAGAAAAAGAUCUUUACUUUUAUAAACAUAAAACAAGAGAACUAAGAAAAAGUAUGGCAACUUCAACAAAUACAAUUCAAGACUCAAUAAAUACUUCAACUCGACAACAGAUUAGUCAAAAUGUUGCUACUGUAUCACAUCGUCGUGGAUCAUCUGUAAAUGAUGAUUUACCCACACAGUUACAAACACCGCGGACAGCUGUUCAACAAUAUCAACAACAGCAGCAACAGGCACCAUUUCUAAUCAAAAUAGGAAAUAGAAGUAAUUCAAGUCAACAAUUAAAUAAUCAUGAACAACAAAUAACAGAGAUUUCAACGAAAAAACGAUGA